UAUAUUCAGCGGAGAGGAGCUGUGCUGGCGUUUGGAGGCCGAGAAAGUAAGAGAUUUCAGUUUCUGGGGCGGGAAAGUACGGAAGCAUGUGUAUAGCAGUAUUCUUAUGGCAAGCUCACCCGAUUUAUCCUUUCCUUCUGUUGCUCAACAGAGACGAAUAUCAUAAUCGGCCUACUGAGGCUCUGGCAUGGUGGCAAGGUGGGGAGAUACUGGGCGGGCGAGAUGGGCUCGCCGGUGGGACAUGGUUGGCUUGUAGCAGAGAUGGGAGGUUGGCUUUUCUUACAAAUGUGCGAGAAGUUCACCCAAUCCCCGAAGCCAAGAGCAGAGGAGACCUAAUUGUUCGGUUCUUGGAGAGCAAGAAGAAUCCCAUGGAAUUUGCAGAGGAAUUUGUGAAGGAGGCAGAUAAGUAUAAUGGGUUUAACUUGAUAAUAGCUGAUCUUUGUUCCAAAACUAUGAUCUAUAUAACCAACAGACCAAGAGAAGCUAAUGUUUCUGUUGUAGAGGUUUCACCUGGUAUUCAUGUGCUGUCAAAUGCAAGUUUGGACUCGCCUUGGCCUAAGGCACAAAGACUAGGUCAUAAUUUCAAAGAGCUCUUGGAUAAAUACGGUGAAGGUGAGAUCCCCACAGAGGAGAUGGUUGAGAAAUUAAUGAAGAACACAAUCAAAGACAAUGAAAUCGUGCUGCCUCGCAUCUAUCCUCCAGAGAGGGAACACCAGUUAAGCUCCAUAUUUGUUGACACAGACACCCCACUGGGACGUUAUGGCACUAGAAGCACUUCUUCCGUAUGUGUGAGAGCAAGUGGGGAGGUCAACUUCUAUGAGAAGCACCUUGAAAAUGAAACAUGGAGAGAGAACACUGUGACUUACCAGAUAGAGAGGAUGAAGCAUAUAGCCUUGGAAUCAUGAAAGCAUAUAGAAUUUUUUUAUUUUUUUCUUUAUAUUUGAACACUCAGAUUCUGCACCAAACUUGACCAACUUUUAUUUAUAAGACAAGAAACCUAAAGCUUCCCCACCCCCAUCAUCAAAGAAAAUGAUGGGGCUCAAGGGUUUUUCUAGAA